GGAGUGAAAGUAGUGCUUUUCUCAUGGUUGCGUACAUUUACUGGAUGGUUUUGUGCAAUAGCGACAUUGUUUACAAAAUAUGAAACAGAUAAGGUACACUUCGUUGUUUAUCCUGAGCGCGAUGGCUAACCAGAGAGUGCUCCCUCAAAGCAAAGAGACUUUACUGCAGAGCUACAACAAGAGGCUGAAAGAUGACAUCAAGUCCAUCCUGGACAACUUCACCGAAAUCAUCAAAACUGCAAAGAUAGAGGAAGAGACACAGGUUUCUCGACCAACUCAAGCAGAGCAAGACCAUUAUGAGAUGCAUGUACGAGCAGCAAACAUUGUACGUGCCGGUGAAUCCCUGAUGAAGCUGGUUUCAGAUCUGAAGCAGUUCCUGAUUCUGAAUGACUUUCCCUCCGUGAACGACGCCAUCAGCCUGCAGAACCAGCAGCUCCGCUCACUGCAGGAGGAGUGUGACAAGAAGCUCACCUCACUCCGCGACGAGAUCGCCAUUGACCUGUAUGAGCUAGAGGAAGAAUAUUACUCCUCCAGGUACAAGUAGGCUCAUACUUGCCCCCAUCCCACUGCCCCUCUGUUGUCCCAUGCCCAGCACCAUGUACUGCGUCACCCUUACCAUUCACCACUGAGCCCAGGGAAAGCCUGACUCCUUACAGGGCUGAAUUUAUCUCAUCUUCAUCCGUCAGUCCAAACUGUACAUGAGCACAAUUCAUAGCCGGGGUUCACUGUAAGUCCAGUAGAUUUGCACCAUACACGAUGGAGCUCACCUCACUAAGUGGCUAAGUGUUGUUUCAUGGUUUUUUAAUUAAGUGCCUUGACUGAUGUCCUGCCCUAUUUUAUAUAUUUGUGUCGUAAUUGGUGAAAGUAGAAAGAAAAUAAGCGUUUAAGAGGCUGAAUAUCAGUAAUGUAAAUGCUUGCAGCUUGAAUCACUAAAGGUCAGGAUGCAUUUUUAGUGCAGUUUAUUGGCAUAGUUGGAAAGCCAGGGCUCUUCUGGUGACAAGGAUACAUGUUAUAAUUCAGAAGAGAAGGCACUGCUGUUGAUUUAAGUUUAUUUCUAAAUGGUGAUUAGAUAGAUAGAUAGAUAGAUAGAUACUUUAUUAAUCCUGCUUUUAAGAGAGAUGAAUGAUUUAAAGGAAUGAAAGUCAAGAGAUUAUUGCUCUUAGUUCAUUUAGUAUUUCCAUAUUUUACAAUUGAAGUAAUCAGUGCAAAAAAUUGAUAUAAUAGGUACAUUUUAUUAACGGAUGAUAAUUGAUCGGUUGUAAAAGGCCUAGUUUUGUAAGGAAAGCAAGCUCCCUUUAAGCGUAAACUAUAUCAGAAAAUAUAUUUAAUAAAUGCAUUAUUCAUUUAAGAUUAUUGUUUCUAUUUAAGUCAUAAAGAUAAUGGUGAUGUCCUAUGCGCUAGAUAUUGAGGAUAGGUGGAUGUUGAGGGUAGACUAUAAAAUCAGACACAGCUGUUUGCUGUUAUUUAUUAAAGGUCAAAUCUUAAGUUACUAAUAGUUUGUCAAGCAGAUGUUUUCUGUAAAAGCAGUAAGGUUUUUUUUUUUUAUGAUUCCGUCCCUAAAACCACAAAUGACUCGAGCUGUAAUCAUGCAAGCAGUGUCAAUCACACAUGGUGCGGUUGUACAUGUGCACCAGUUGUUCCAUUAGACCCAGAAUGAUUUAAGAAAUAAACUAGAAAGAAAACAC